UACACACCAGCGAGCUGUACCCAUUGAUAAGCUUCGAAGACGAUGGAGACAGCUCCGUUGUCCCAGAACGGGCAAAAUGAGGAGACUUCUCCGCAUUUCGAUAACCUAAUAGCCGGCACGCCAAUUGGAAGGGAGCCGUUUGCUCGAAGGAUGGGAAAGGAUUGUCAGAGCCAGGCCGUCUGCUGUCUCCGUUUCCAACUCGUCCCCAGACUCGAGAUGCUGCUCUCCUUGUUUAUGUCUCAUAUCUCCUCGCAAACUACCAGAAACCGAGACUUUUAGAGGUGGAUUCCGUCCCUCCAGCAGUGCAACAUGCAGACUGGAGUGCAACAAGCCAAGGCCAGGCGUCUGAGGAGCCGCAAGGAUCGCCCGUGUGACGCUUGUCGGCAGCGCAAGUCGGCCUGUAUCGUUACAACGUGUUUGCCAUGUCGAUACUGCCAAAGCAAGGGUCAAGACUGUACCUUCACAUCCACUCCCUCGCAGCGGGCGAGACAAGCGGCGUCGUGUGUGAAGGUUCAACGAUGGCGGACAACCAGAGCGCAGUGCUCGUCGGGCAAGCUGAUCGAGGACGACGAGCCUUUACAGAAGGUCGGGACAUACGAGCCAAUGUCCCCGGAUAUGUUGAGCUGCCUGCUCGAAGGCGACCCGAAGGUUGAGCUCCAAGAUGGCGAGACCCUGGACCUGAAGGAUAUGUCGUUUGUGAGCCCGGUCAGCCUGCCACAGACCCCCUUUCCCACUCCCGACGACGAUAUCAGCGUGGCUCAGUUGCACAGUCUAUCUCAGGUCACAUAUGACCAAGGGACGGCUAAGCUGUGUGUACCACAAACUAUGAGCAACCUUGAUGGUCUCGGUGGAGAAUCACUGGAUGAAUCUAUUGGUCUAACGGCCCUCUUUCUGGGGCCUUCAAGUGACCAGGAUGCCAACUUACUCUCGUCAAUGCGUAUGAACAUGGCCAUAAUUAACGGAGCAGCUCGUCGCUCUGUUGACGCGAACGUCCGCCAAGUGCACGCGGGAGAUAUCAUGGCGAAUGUACCCCCAGUCCAUUUCAACAUUGUGCCCGACUCGUGCCCCGAGCGAGACAUUCGCACCAAGGAGAUUGCUUCAGAGAAGAUCGAAUCUCAUGUUGGAGAACACGCUGACGCGCUGGUCCGGCUGUAUUUCCGCUUCAUCCAUCCUGCAUUUCCUGUACUUUCCAAGGCCCGAUUUCUGCAAGCCUAUUGCCUUCACCGCAGGAGUAUCCCUGCUUCGCUCCGCGGGGUUGUUUAUGGUCUUGCAUGUGCGUUCUGGGAGCACAGCCCCGUGCUCAAACCAUUCCCCCGUAUCAGCCACACCGAUCUGUUCGAGUGUGCGCACCUGGCGCUCAACCGAGAAUUUGACUCGCCCAAGCUAGCCACUCUACAGGCAUGCUUGCUCUUGCUACAUGAAAGCCCGCCAGUGACCGGCACGACUGAGAAUCCCCGCAACUGGACACUGGCCUGUCAGGCGAUCUCAUGUGCGCAGAAUCUGGGUCUUCACUGUGACCCGUCACUAUGGAACAUCCCUACCUGGGAGAAGGCCCUCCGCAAAAAGCUGUGGUGGAUGUGCUUCACCACAGAGAAAUGGGCAUCCCUCACCCAUGGCAACCCUUCUCAUAUCCCGCAGAGUUCGUUUGACACGACGGAUUUGACGCUCACCGAGGCCCUAAUCGACGAAGAUGUCGCUUGCUCUCCAUACGGUCGAGUUAUCUCCGAGAGAGACCGGGGGUGUAACCAGACCCGAGCCAUUAACCUGCUGGAAACGAUCAAUUUGGCCAAGAAACUGGGCAUUCUGCUCGAAUACUCUUACCCGAUUCGCGGCUCAGUGCUCUCGACAUCAGAGUCUGCAGUCCUCGACCAUUCCCUCUACGUGUUGAACGCAGAACUGGACAGCUGGUACGCCUUGCUCCCGCAAUGUCUGACCCUGGAUUUCACCCACGGGUCAGGAGGCGUGUGCACGAAUGGAUCGCUUCAUCUGGCGUAUUUCGCCGUGAAGAGUCUUGUGCUGCGCGCAAUGAUGUCCCCCGCCACCCCGCUAUCCAAAGCGAACCCCUUUUCGAACCUCCGGACGUACUUUGAUUCCAGCCUAGAGGAAUUCAGACAGUACGUCAAGCUGGUAUCCAGCAUUCGUGCAGUGGAACUAGAUGCGUUCUGGGGUCGUCAGGCACGCACCCACCUAGUCCACGCAGGCAACUUCCUGAUAUACCUGUUCCUCUGCGCCUCAACUGCAGAGCAGGUCGAAAAGUCCUACUCCCUCCUCGAGGCAUAUCGGUAUUCCCUGCGCGCCCUGGCGGCGGCAGCGACAGAUAACAGCAUGGGCAUGCUACGACCUGCUCUGCUGCGCACCGAGUCUUUCUUUCGAGAGGCAGCUGGAGCAAUGCGGAAGGACGAGAAGCAUUGAUAUACGUUUUCAAGACUGUUAUGACUUAUGAUGAUGACUUUAGCUCUCCACUUGAGUAUAGAAGUGUGAAAUAUAUUAAUGCUCGAU